CGGGGCCCACUCGGCGGAGCGCGGGGUGGGCGGGGCCGCAGCCGCCGGGACCCCGCCCGGUCAACUGCCGAGGGACGGGCGGGACCUGGCCGGCGAUCACGUGAUCCGCGCAGGGCCUCCCAAGAUGGCGGUGUGCAUCGCGGUGAUCGCCAAGGAGAAUUACCCCCUGUACAUCCGCAGCACCCCCAUGGAGAGUGAACUGAAGUUCCACUACAUGGUGCACACCUCCCUGGAUGUGGUAGAUGAGAAGAUCUCCACCAUGGGGAAGGCCCUGGUGGACCAGAGGGAGCUCUACCUGGGCCUGCUGUACCCAACGGAGGACUACAAGGUCCUGCCUCACGCACCACUGGAUGCUCUUGACCUUAGGAUAAGGCUGAGACCUCGGAGUUCAGAGAGAGCCCCUCAGGCGGUAAUGCAGCUUGUGUACACCAGCAUUGGCCUGGAAGCCGCGUGUUACACUAUGAUGUGACCUCUGGGGCAGAGGUGGGGGAUUCACCUUAUCUAUUUGCAGUUGGCUUCCUGGGCCCAGUAUUGCUUUAUAAAGAGGGUUAGGCAUCCCCAGUGUCCAGAAGGACUUGGGUCUGUGAAUUGGUGGGGUUACGUGCCUCCAACAGUCACCUUGGCAUUCCAGGUGUGCAGUUUCCCACCUGCACUGUGCUGCAGGACCAUCCUGGCCUGGGCACUUCCUGUGACUCAGGGUGUCUGGCUCCUCCAAGCAAGGAUACCCAGAGGUCCCUUAGCUCAUAGGCGCUUUUUAAAAGUGUUUAUUUAUUUAUUUUUGUGGUGCUGGGGAUCGAACCCAGGGCCUUGUGCAUGUGAGGCAAGCACUCCACCAACUGAGCUGUAGCUCCAGCCUGCUCUUGGUGUGGGGCUGGGCCAGUUGCUGUCAUGCAUCCCGUGUUAGAGCAUGUUCCCUGACUCAC